UGUGGACGAUGUGUUGUAAUUUAAUUUUUUGUUCGUGCUAAAAUGAGCUAAAAUAAAAUGAACAACGACGAAAUUAAGUCAGUAGUGCAGGAGAAGUUCCUAUCUAGUGAACGCGUCACAGCCUUUCUCUGUGAUGCCAAAGUGCUUCAUCCAGAAUGGGUAAAGACGGACCGACUUCUCGCCAUCGUCGAAUAUGGAGAUGAAAAAGCAGUGUUCUGUUUACACACUUCUUGUUACCCUCCAAAGUCCUUCACGGAUUUAUCUAUAGAGAUAGUAUUACCAAUCGACAAUAGCUUUAAAUGUGAAAUCGACAACAAGCCAUCGGACCCAGAAGCUAUACUGUACCUGAAUCUGCAAUCGAGCAGCAAUAAAUUUAGAUUUGAAAUUCAAAUGACCACUCGAGUCGAUAGCUUCGUGGACGACCUGUUCCGGGGCAUCGAAGCUGUCAGUAAAGUGCCAACACAGCCGGAGUUCCUCUGGCUCAAGAAGUACAAUGGGAAGAGUGAAGAUGACAUAAUAAAACAAACGAUGGUGUUGCCGCGCACGGGCGUCGCCCACACGCAGGGUUCCGCGCCAGUCGCGAUAAGAGAGAGCCUCAUUAAGCGGAAAAUGAGUGAUAAAGAAUUAGAUUACACAUUCACUAAGAAGUUUUCAAUAUUUUGUGGCACCUGGAAUGUGAAUGAUAAACCACCUGUUAUCUCGUUGAAGGGAUGGUUGAGUGUGGACAAGGAGCCUCCUGACAUAUAUGCUGUUGGGUUCCAAGAGCUGGAUCUGUCUAAGGAGACAUUCUUAUUUGACCAAACAUUGAGGGAAGAUGAAUGGUAUAAUGCAGUGAUCAGUAAUGUAGAUCCAAGAGCAAAAUAUGUAAAAGUGGAAAGGGUGAGAUUGGUUGGAAUGAUGUUGAUUGUGUUAAUCAAGCAGAAACAUCUAUCACAUGUACGUAAUGUUAUCUGUGACACUGUUGGUACUGGUAUCAUGGGUAAAAUGGGGAACAAAGGAGGAGUAGCCAUAAGAUUUGACCUGCAUAGCACUUCUAUGUGUUUUGUUAACUCUCAUCUUGCUGCCCAUGUGGAGGAGUAUGAACGCAGAAACCAGGACUUCAGAGAUAUCUGUAGUCGUACCAGAUUCAUUCAGCCAAACCAGCAACCUAAGACUAUCAAGGACCAUGAUCAGAUUUAUUGGCUAGGAGACCUUAAUUAUAGGAUCACAGAGUUGGAUCCGACCAGUGUUAAGAAAAUGAUAAAUGAAAACAAUUUUGCACCGAUAUUAGAGUGGGACCAAUUGAGGCAACAGCAUAGAAAUAAUCACGUUUUUGCUGGAUACACAGAGGGCCAUAUCACAUUUAAACCAACAUACAAAUAUGAUCCGGGUACAGACAACUGGGAUUCCAGUGAAAAGAACAGAGCUCCAGCUUGGUGUGACAGAAUAUUUUGGAGAGGAGAGAAUGUGACACAGCUGGCAUACAGAAGUCACCCAGCACUGAAUAUCAGUGACCACAAACCUGUUUCAGCUAUUUUCACAUCAGCCAUAAAGAUAAUAGAUGAGGAAAAGUACAGGAAAGUGUAUGAGGAUGUUAUUAAACAACUUGAUAAGCUAGAAAAUGAACUCAUACCACAAGUCAAGGUCGACGUCACAGAAAUCGACUUUGGGACAGUUAGAUAUUUAGAACUGCAAGUACGGUCCAUCACAAUUAAAAAUACAGGAAAGUUGCCAGUUGAGUUUGAAUUCAUUAAGAAACUGGACGAAACUAGUUUUUGUAAAGAUUGGCUAAUAGUGGAGCCUUACAAGAAAUGUAUUUGUGCAGAUGAGUCAUGCGAAAUACAACUCAAAGUACUUAUAAACAAAACUUCUGCAUGCAAAAUGAAUGCAGGAACUGACAAAUUAUAUGACAUUUUAGUUUUGCACCUGUAUGGUGGAAAGGAUAUUUUUAUAACAGUUAAUGGUACAUACCAAAGAAGUUGUUUUGGGUGCUCUAUAGAGGUGCUAGUUAACUUGGGAAUGCCCAUCAGGGAGGUGCCUGUCGGCAAGCUGAUUGAGCUGGAGAACAAGAGAGACCAGUGUGUUUCCAAUCAAUCAACCUAUUCCAUACCAAAAGAGAUUUGGUUCUUGGUAGACCACAUCUAUUUGCAUGGCUUGAAGGAGCCAAACUUGUUUGAGCAGCCUGGACUGCACUCAGAAGUGCUGCAGAUUAGAGACUGGUUGGACAGUGGCUCUGUGGACCCCAUACCUGGUAGUAUUCACUCAGUAGCAGAGGCUCUUCUUCUGCUGCUGGAAAGUACUGCUGACCCCAUCAUACCUUACAACCUGCAGUCAGUGUGCCUCAGGGCAUCAGCCAACUAUUUACAGUGUAAGCAGAUUGUUAUGGAGCUGCCAGAGUUCAGGAAGAAUGUUUUCUUAUACCUUUGUGAAUUUUUGCAAGAAGCUCUGCAGCAUUGUGCUGAAAACGGGCUCGACGCCAAAACACUAUCGACACUCUUUGGAUCGAUUUUCCUCAGAGACAACCCAAGCCAAACUCAGGAGCCCCAGACUCGUAUAAACAAGCAAGUGAUAGACAAGAAAAAAGCCCAAUUUGUUUACCACUUUCUGGUCAAUGACCACAGUGACUUAAUAUUUUCAAGAUAAAAUAUUUCUUCAUUUUUAAUUUGUUAAUAAUACUCACAUUUUCCAUUAUUUAGUAUUAUAAUUUAUGUUAGUUUAACAUUAACCAUAUAAUUUAUUUAAUUAAGUUAUUUCCAAAAAAAUGUUGUCAUGGGUAGAAACUUAACUUUAUGGUAUUCAUUUAAUCAAUAACCUACAUCGAAAUAAUAAGUAAUAGUAAAUCUCACAAGUGAUAUUAAUAUAAAAUAGAGAUAACAAACAAUAUGUUAGUAUUUGUUAAUAAUAUAAACUUUAAGUCCAAAUAAUGUUAAUUCUUGCUAAAAGGCUUUGUUUGUCCUUCCUGUAUAAUGUAUUUGAAAAAAAAAAGUAUUGUAUAUUUCUACACAUAUUAAUGUUUAAUCAAGUAUACUAGCCAAAUUUUGUAUGUAGAAUCAUAAUUACUAAAACCUGUGUGCUAAUAGAAACUUGAAUUUGAAUUAUUUAAAAAUCAGAUGUAAUAUCAAUUUUUCUAUAGAACGUUUUUGCACUAGAAGAUAUUUCUAAUGAAUUUGAUAUGAUUUUUAAAUUAGUGGUAAUGAUAAUAAAAUAAUCAGAUUUAAGUAGCACAGUUAAAUAAGAAAAUAUAAUAAUAUUUACUUGUUGCAAUAAUUCUACUUUUUAGCAUUGUUGUUCAAGGUCAAAUGAAAUUGAAAUAUGCCACUAAUGAUUGUGCUGUAUGAAUUUGAUGAUGUUCUAACAGAGUCGCGUGUACGCAAUAGAGUGAGUUAGAGAACCAGUAGGCUCGUUUGUUGCACUGACUUAGAUGGUGGCGACCAAUGUGUAGUGCACUUAAAUAUAUGUAGUACUACAUUAUUAACUAGCUAAGGCCCGAUUCGACCAAACUUUUAUCCGAGAAUAACUCCUGGUAUAACUGGCACAUUGCAAGUUUCAGUAUGGGAAAUAUGUCAAAAAAUUUCAAAUAACUGACGAUUUAUUCUGAGAUUAAUAUUUAGGUACUCUUGUUUAGCCGAAUCCACCCUAAGUCUACUAGGCCUGGUUCAGAUCCAGCGAUAAACACCUGCGGUUUCUGGGCGGUUCUCUUACAUUAAUUUAUAUUACACUGUUACCGCGUCGGUGCACUGCCAAUGAGAACCACCCAAAAACCGCGCGGCUUUCGCGCGCGUGUCUAUCUCUAAACCAGGCAUUAUAGUCAUUGUAGCCUGUUGGGUCAAAUAAGCCUACUGUAUUUCGCUCCUCGUUGUGAUGUUAAUUAUAAGUUGAAUCAUAUUGAGACUAAUUAUACCUACUCUGCUGUAACCCAAAUACCUACUUGUGCAUUUACGUCACUCCAUGAAGAAUAUGCAAUUUGAAUUUCUUCAUCCAUUAUUUAUAUGAAUGUUUGUGGCUUGUUGUUCAUGAAUGAGAUGAUUUUAAUAUUUAAUAGUACUGAUUUAUUGCAGUGUGUUCACUCGAGUUAAAUAUUUAUUAGUUAAACACAGCCUACGCAUUAAAAUUUGUACCGUACCCUUCAUUCUUCUAUUAUUCAGAUGUAGGCUAAGAACCGUUAGCCGUGUGGAGAAUCGAAAUUGAAAUGAUUUAUUUAAAAUUAUUCUAGCUGUUGCCCGCAACUACCUACUAUGUUCAUUCGAUUUCUUACAUAGGACU